GACCAGACGGAAAGUCGUAGAGAUUUACUUUAUGGUAAGCACGCCUAAGGUGGUUAAGUCUCAUCCCGGCCACAUGUCGCUCUCUUCAUCUCCUCCUCCUUGCCUCAAGGCGUCUUUCUCCGCAUCACCCGAAUCAAAUUUCUCCGUACUUCUGAUAAUCUCUAGCUGGGACAUGUAUAUACGCAUCUCUUCCGGAGGUGUUAUCACUCACUCUCCUGAAAAAUAA